AGUACUUUUAAAAAUAUUUCGAAAUGGUUAAAAUGUUUUCAAAAAGUAUUAUGAUUUUAUGUGUAUUUUAUUUUAUUAAGCAAGCAUCUUCAAAAAAGAAAAUAACAUAUUUAACAAGUGUUAGAAUGGAUGAUAAACCAAAUAAAAACUAUUAUGGAACCUAUUUAAAUUUUCAAUUUAAAUUAAAUUCAGUUGAUGAGGAAUGGAAAAAAAAAAAUGUGAAAGUUUGGGAUUUACAUUUAUAAAACAUAAGAUAUUUAUUUCAAGUUCAUUUCAAACGUACAGAGUAAAUGAUUUAUAUAAAGUAUUAUCUGACCUAAUAUGUGGGGAUAGAAAAUUUAAUAUGAAACUUCAAAAAAAAAUUUGUACAAGCAUAAAAUCAAAUGUUGAUAUCAAAAAACUUUUUCGUAAUGAAGAAUCAUUUAAUGAUUAUUUAAAUCAUUACAUAAAAUUUGAAAAUUCAGUUUUACCAUAUAAUAAAUAUGGAGAUAAUGAAUGUCCAAUUUGUUGUGAAGAAUUUGAUUUACCUGUUAUAUUAAAUAAAUGUCACCACUCUUUGUGUUAUGAAUGUGCUGAAUCAUUAAUAAAUAUAAAUGAAAACAAAUGUCCACUUUGUAGAGAAAAUUUUAGUUAUUACUUGGACAAAGAAGAAGGUAAAGACAUAAGUCCGGGUGAUUUGAUAGAAUUUUUCGCUGCAGCAUAUUACCUGGACGUUUGUAUUUUUUUAUAUUUUAAAGAAAAUGAAUGGAUGUUUUUUGACAAAAAUGGGCUUAAUUACUCUGAAGAAGAUAUGAACAGCAAAAAGUGUAUUUAUCUCUACAUAAAUAGGUAUAAAUAUACGAUGGGAGUUGUCACUACUCUAAAAGAUCUAUCUUAUAUUGAACAGGAUAGAACAGGCAGGAAUUUUUAAGAAAAAAAAUAUUUUAUUAUAAUAUUUUUAUUUUUAAUAAUUCCAAUAAUUAGAGCUAAUAAAAUUAAUAUUUAUUAUUUAUUUAUUGUUGGCCAUUGUAACAAUAGUAACGAGUUUUAAUUAAAAUGCACAGUAUUUA